GCGAACUCGACAGAAUACAGUAUUCCAGGGCGAACAAGACCGAAAUGGCGCAGCAGGGACCGCAGUUAGCGCUGGCAAACAUUCCGAGAGUCGUGUUGCGCCCGACGUGGGAUAACACUGUUGCAGCAAUAUAUCUGCUCAAGGGCGUCGUCUUCUUCCUUGCGCACCCGUUCCUGUAUCCGCUGCUGAGGGCGCGGCUGCUGCCAGCCUUUCUCCUCAGUCUGUUUGUGCUCGUUACGCUCUUCUUCUGGACCCUGCUGCCACAGGUUCUCUUUCUCAAGCUGUUCCAUCCUGCAGGCAGCGCGUGGGUCAACGCCGUGUUUCUUGUUCUUGGAGAAGGGGCUGCCGUGGUGGCCUUGCUGUUCGAGUCUUUCUUCGUGGACGAGUCGCAGGUCGACGUGUUCGACGCCGUAUUGGUGUACAAAGGCUAUGAAGACCUCGUCCGCCAAUACCGGCCCCUCUCUGAAGAUGCCAUGAACAAUCCUGUUCGCCGACUUGGCAAGCCUACGCGCUCCUCGGUCUAUGCGCCCUUUUCCUUCCGUCAGAUUGCCGAGUUUGUGCUGCUGCUGCCCGUGAACUUGAUACCAUACAUUGGAGUGCCCAUGUUCCUCUUCUUGACAGGCUACCGCGCGGGCCCGCUCCAGCACUGGCGGUACUUUCAGCUUCUGGGUUACGAUCGCAAGCAGAGAAAUGCGGCCAUUAAGAGGCGACGAUGGCAAUACACUUGGUACGGCACGGCAUACUUGUUCUUGCAACUGGUGCCGCCAUUCAGCAUGUUUUUCCUUCUGACGGCGCCGGCAAGCUCUGCACUAUGGGCAGCCGACUUGGAGCGAGAGCGAAGGGGGCGGGAGGCGCACGCGGCCCAGGCACCGCACUAUUACACGGAUGAAGCAGACGCGGCGGUGUGAGCAGCCUAGUAUUAGUCGAUACAUAACAGUGGUACAUACAUACGUCAAGGGAGUGCUUUUUGAUGUCGUCGCACCCCGG